AUGGCCGCAAAGCACGACCUCACGCAGCGGAUAGCACCGCAGUUAGAUCGGCACCUAGUGUUCCCGCUGCUCGAGUUUCUGCAGGAGAGAGGUCUGUACCCGGAGGAGGAUAUCCUCAAGGCCAAAAUUGAGCUGCUCAACCACACCAACAUGGUCGAUUACGCCAUGGACAUCCACAAAUCUCUCUACCGCACCGAAGAUGUUCCCCAGGAGAUGGUGGAGAGGAGAGCUGAGGUGGUGGGUAGACUGAAGGCAUUGGAAGAAGGAGCAGCUCCAUUGAUAUCUUUCUUGCAGAACCCUAAUGCAUAUCAGGAACUGAGGGCUGACAAGCAACACAAUCUUCAGAUGCUCCAUGAUCGCUAUCAGAUUGGUCCUGAGCAGAUAGAAGCAUUGUAUCAGUAUGCGAAAUUCCAAUUUGAGUGUGGGAACUACUCGGGUGCUGCUGAUUAUUUGUAUCAGUACAGGGCCUUGUGCACCAAUAGUGACAGGAGCUUGAGUGCAUUGUGGGGAAAGCUAGCAGCAGAGAUAUUGAUGCAAAAUUGGGACAUUGCAUUGGAAGAGCUUAACCGUGUGAAAGAUAUCAUAGACUCUAAGAAUUUCUCUUCUCCGUUGAAUCAAGUUCAGAGCCGAAUAUGGCUAAUGCAUUGGAGCUUAUUCAUCUUCUUUAACCAUGACAAUGGAAUGACUCAGAUUAUUGACUUGUUUAAUCAGGACAAGUAUCUGAAUGCCAUUCAAACGAAUGCCCCCCAUCUGCUACGUUACCUGGCGACUGCUUUCAUAGUUAACAAAAGGAGAAGGACUCAGUUUAAGGAAUUUAUUAAGGUGAUUCAGCAAGAGCAAUACUCUUAUGAAGAUCCCAUUACUGAGUUUCUGGCAUGCAUAUAUGUCAAUUAUGACUUUGAUGGAGCCCAGAAGAAGAUGAAAGAGUGUGAAGAAGUGAUCAUAAAUGACCCGUUUCUUGGCAAGAGGGUUGGGGAAGGGAACUUUGUUUCUGUUCCUUUACGUGAUGAAUUCCUUGAAAAUGCUCGACUUUUCAUCUUUGAGACCUACUGCCGCAUUCAUCAGCGCAUUGAUAUGGCGGUGCUUGCCGAGAAACUGAAUUUGAACUACGAGGAGGCAGAAAGAUGGAUAGUGAAUCUUAUUAGGACCUCAAAACUUGAAGCGAAAAUUGAUUCAGAGACCGGGACAAUCAUUAUGGAGCCCAACCACACCAAUGUGUAUGAGCAGCUGAUUGAUCACACUAAAGCGCUUUCUGGUCGCACUUACAAGUUAGUUAGCCAGCUUCUGGAUCAUGCUCAGCCUCAGGCUGCUAGAUAG